ACCGGUAUUUUGAGGACUAAACCAAGGAGGAAACCGUGAAAAGACUAAUCCUCCUCCUCAUAAGUUCCUCUCCGGCGAAAACCCUCAAAAUCAUCGAUGGCAAGUAUGGGGAGAGCAUUGUACAGCGUAGGAUUCUGGAUCCGGGAAACUGGUCAAGCCCUUGAUCGUCUCGGUUGUCGCCUCCAAGGCAAAAAUCACUUCCAUGAGCAGCUCUCCAGGCACCGCACCCUUAUGAAUGUUUUUGACAAGGCCCCUAUCGUCGAUAAGGACGCUUUCGUUGCUCCUAGCGCUUCUCUCAUUGGCAAUGUCCAUCUCGGACCUGCCUCUUCCAUUUGGUAUGGAUGUGUCUUGCGAGGAGAUGCUAACACCAUCACUGUCGGAGCUGGGACCAAUAUCCAAGACAACUCCCUUGUCCACGUUGCCAAGUCCAACUUAAACGGCAAGGUCUUGCCUACUCUCAUUGGUGACUAUGUCACUAUUGGUAACAGUGCUGUUUUACAUGGCUGCACUCUCGAAGACGAGUCUUACAUUGGUGCUAGUGCAACCGUCUUGGAUGGCGCUCAUGUUGAGAAGCAUGCCAUCGUUGAGUCUGGUGCUCUUGUCAGGCAGAACACUCGAAUUCCCUCCGGCGAGGUUUGGGGAGGGAAUCCAGCUAGAUUUCUGAGGAAGGUGACUGAAGAAGAAAGGGCCUUCUUCUCUACUUCGGCUGCGGAUUAUUCCAACUUAGCUCAAGUUCACGCUGCACAAAACUCAAAGAACUUGGACGACACUGAUUUCAAGAAGCUCCUUUACAAGAAGAACGCACGGGAUGCAGAAUAUGAUUCACUACUCAGUGAUCUACUACCCAAAGCAGCUUGAGACUACUCUUUACGAAGACCAGAAAUUCAUUUCCUGCUUCUCCAAUAAAGUUUUCUUGUAACAUGAAAGAAAAAGAAAAGUUGGAACCUUUUCUUCUGAUUGUUUUCUAUAAUAAAAUUUGUUGGAUCAGACAUUUCUCGCAUUGAGGCUGACCUUCGGCUUUCACAUGCUCAAAUACAGCACUGCUUCUAAUGGAUAUGUAUGUAUGGAAAAUACUCUUUAGUUUUCA